GCCGGCCCGCGUGCCCUGGUCCUGCGGGCGGCUAGAAGUGCGGCUCCGCGCCGGGCGAAUUCGCGACCGGACGCGGCGUGGAGCGCUGACCUAUUGCUGGAUACAGUGGAACUCUUCACAUCAGUGGGUCUUACUGCUUGAACUUGAGGCCACCACACCGCUAAUCCACAGAAAACUCCUGUUUACAUAACAGAGUCUGUUGGAAGAGGCAGAUGGAAAUCCUCUAUGAAUGUGGAAGCCAUUAGCAGAGUAAUUGCUGUCUGUUGCCAUGACAACCAGCCGUUGCAGUCACCUGCCUGAAGUCUUGCCAGACUGCACUAGCUCUGCUGCGCCUGUGGUGAAGACCGUGGAGGGUUGUGGCAGCCUAGUGAAUGGGCAACCACAGUAUGUCAUGCAAGUUUCAGCCAAGGACGGGCAGCUGCUGUCAACUGUAGUGCGGACUCUUGCCACCCAGAGCCCCUUCAAUGACCGGCCCAUGUGCAGGAUCUGCCAUGAGGGCAGCAGCCAAGAGGACUUGCUCUCCCCAUGUGAAUGUACGGGGACCUUGGGGACAAUUCAUCGGAGCUGCCUGGAGCACUGGCUGUCAUCAUCAAACACCAGCUACUGUGAACUCUGCCACUUCAGGUUUGCAGUCGAGCGCAAACCCAGGCCAUUAGUGGAGUGGCUCAGAAACCCUGGUCCCCAGCAUGAGAAGCGGACUCUGUUUGGAGACAUGGUGUGCUUCUUGUUUAUAACGCCCCUGGCCACCAUCUCAGGCUGGCUGUGUUUGCGGGGCGCUGUGGACCACCUGCACUUUAGCAGCCGGCUUGAAGCCGUAGGACUGAUUGCACUCACUGUCGCACUCUUCACAAUUUACCUCUUUUGGACACUAGUGUCAUUUAGGUACCACUGUCGAUUGUACAAUGAAUGGCGUCGGACCAAUCAGAGAGUGAUUCUCCUCAUUCCAAAAUCUGUCAACGUACCUUCUACCCAGCAAUCCUUGCUGGGCCUCCAUUCAGUCAAGAGGAACUCAAAGGAGACAAUUGUUUGAUGUUUGUGUGGUUGGAAGGUUGACUCAUUUGUUAGGGGUUUAGAAGUUUCUGCACUGGGGCCGUGUGCUGAGCCACCCUAAGCCCUUCCUUAGCCUUGUGGGCAGAGCCAUGUGACCACAUCACCUGGGUGACGAACUCUGCCAGAAGGAAGCAAAUGCUGUUUGACUUCAAAUCAUGGAUGCUGCACUCAUAUGAUAUUUGCUAAGCUGCCAAAUGUGUUUAUUUAGCAGAUACUGUAUGGAAUUUUCUGGACACCUCUUUAACAUAUGAGGAAGGUUGUCAUGCUAAAGAUGCAAUUCUUCCUUUUUUAUUACUA